AUUAGUGUAAUGAAACCUCAACAACACUUACUGUACCGCUGACCAAAACACCAAAAUCGCCAAACAACUCUCAUCGCACAGUGAAUCAACUCUCACCACUCAGUGUCACGUGGCCUGAAUAGAGAACCAUGCUAAAUCUCAAUCGGAUUUUAAAAGAAUGUCUUUUUCCCACCUUUGACAGGAUCAGUACUUUAUAGGCUACCUAAGCAUGCCCAUACUAGAGAUACAGACCAACUUAAAUGCUGAUGCCCUGCCGUCUGAUUUUUGUGUCAAAUUAGUGGAGAUGUCCGCCUCCAUUUUCAAGCGUCCUAAACAUGCCAUGCUGGUGGCGCUGUCAACUGACGAAAGGCUGUAUGCGGGGGUGGACGGCACUGACCCUGUGUUCCUGAUGCGAGUCAUCAACGCCGACGCAUUCGAAGAUGCUGACGAAAACCGACAAACCAUCAAGGCGCUGUCGGACUUCCUUAGUGGAGAGAUUGGUGUUCCUGAAAAAAGCAUUCGCAUCAUUCUUGUCAACGCUCCUUCCACUUGCGUUGGCAUUUCAGAGGGAUUGCUGGCUGACGUCAUCCAGGAACGCCAAAGAGCAAGCAAUACUAAACCACCAUCGCAAGAAUAGAUGGACAAAUGAGCGUAAAUCCGGCGGACAUAAUUGAAAGGGGAUGGAUCAUGCACAGCAGUUUUUUGUGCGAAACUAAAAAAAUCUUACCAACACCAUGUAAUCAAUCAAUUAAUAUAGAUACAGUCAGAAGGUAACUCAACAGUACAUCAGCGUAAAAUUAAUAUUGCUCUCAGAGAAUUAGGUCAGACGUACAAAUUACAUGAUAAGUUUAGUGUGCCAAUAUAAACCCUUUCCUACGUUUGCAAUGCAUUGUGGGCAUGCAUGACAAACAAACAAAGCAUGACCCUAUGGAAGUCAUCUUGGCACGACUUUUUAAUUUCAGAAUACAUUUUCUAAUUUCCAAGAAUGAUCACUUAAUGCAAAUUACCUGCCAAACAAAUAG